ACCCUCGGCUCACACCAUCCUCAUCGACGGCCAACCCGUCCUCAUCCGCACCCACCAUCAUGACGCACUGAGAGUGCUCAGACACUCAGCCGCGUCGCGCACACUCAGUUGACUCGCGGUGCAUCAACCAGGAGGACAUCAGCGAGCGCAAUGCCCAGGUGGAAAUGAUGGGACGGAUUCACGCCUGAGCGACCCAGGUCGUCGUCUGGCUCGGCCGGGGUGACGCGGACACAGAUACCGCGAUGGGAACUUCAUCCAGGCACUCGACAGGCUCGGCCCCGGGACGGCUGCGCGCAUCGUCUACGGCAACCGCAGCGGCAAUGGCGAUGGCAAUGGCCCUUUGCUGCCUUGGGGGGGACCGGCAGAAGGUGUCCUGCUCGCUGGGCAUGGCGUUCGGACUCGCCAACCACGACGCCGUCGUCGUCGCGGGCCUGGUCAAGUUGGCGGGCCUCGCCUGGUGGAAGCCGAUGUGGACGGUGCAGGAGAUCGCGCUGGCGCGGCGGCUGUGGUGCGGGCGCAAUGGAGGUCUACGGCAGCGCCAUGAAAGUCAUGAUUCUCGAGUACUGGCGACAGAGUCGCCGGAUCGCCCCGGCCCCCGGGCUCCCAAACUGGUGCUUGAAAAACCCGGGCAGAGAGUCCCUUUCAUUACAGGGACAAGAUCUGCCAGCUUCUUGCACAGGAUCAUGGACGGCGAGAUGAUCGACGCUGUGACAAGGGAACGGAGUCGUGGCAACCCUUGCGAUUUUCUUGAGAGACUGGUCGGCAGCGUCAUGGCCUUUCAAACUUUUGGCCUUGCAUUGCAUUGCUUUGAAGGGCUGCAUAACUUAGGCACCCGCUCCGAGGGCGGCAUUGUCAAGCGUCCCAUAGACCCUGACAUUCAGCGCGUGACCUUACCAGCCAGCUGGGACAUGUUGGUCAGUGCUAACGGGAUAGCUGUAUGUCUGCAGGCUUCAGAAGCCCAUGAUGGGGCGACUUCGCCCGAGGUCGCCGAGGUCUUGCAGGCAGUCCUUUUCUCCCCCAAAGUUGCCAAGGACGGCGACGCCGGGAGGAUGAGAGGACCCUUCCUGCAUCAGCAUGGCAAGCUGGGGCUGAUAUCUGGCAGUCUCCCACGCCACCGUUCUCAGAGGGUUCUCCAUCUUGGUCUUGGCAAAGGACUUUGAGAACUUACCUCCAGCGCUUGUGCCUUCGAAAACGACACAGCCCGGGUAUGGUAACGAAUCAAAAAAAAAAAAAAAAAAAAAAAAAAAAAAAAAAAAAAAAAAAAAAAAAAAAAAAAACCGUCUGUGCGUUGGGUGUUGGGCAAAAUG